AUGACAGGUCAUGGACACUUGGGUGAAAUCAUUGGACACUACGCAGAUCAAAGCUGGAAGAUCUCCAGAAAAGUAAGUAGAACCUUACAUUUUGGCACCCAAUGUGGGGCCAGAAAAAAAAACCUAGAAGACUCAAUGGAAGAAACUGUAAAAGUGGAGCAAGAAACGCUUAGAGAAGUAAAAAGUGAACCUGAAGAAAACAUUGAUUCAGAUAGUAACAGUGAAAAAAGAGAAAUAGAAUUAAUGUCUCCAAGAGGUCGAAGGAGAAUUGCUCGAGAUCUAAUCCCUGCUAAAAAAGAAAAUGAAGAAGAAAAAAUAGAAGACAAAUUAAGCAAUCAUAAUAAAGAAACUAAAGAUAUAGAAGAAGAAUCUGGGAUUGCAGAGAAAAAUAAAAAUAAAGCGCUACUGGGGAAAAAAACCAGAUCAAAGGCAAAAGAGAAGAAAAUUAGAAAGCAGGAGGAAUCUGACAAAGACUUGGUUGAAGAGGAAGAGAAAAGACAAGAGAAAUAUGACGAAUGGAUGAAGGAGCAAUGGCCUUUGGGCAAGGGUGGACCAAAGAGAAAACAGAAGAAAAGAACUAAAAAUAAAGAAGACAGUAUAAAGAAUGAGAAAAAAGAUGAAGAGAGACAAAAGUCAAAAUGUGUUCUUUCUCCUUUGAAGUCCACCCUUCCAUCAAAUAUGUCUUAUAGUGUCACUAAGUCUUCAAAUAUUGAAGGGAAAGUGGGUGCCCUAACUGCACGAAGCAGUUUACCAGACAGCUCACUUCUGACAAAUGGAAUGGAAGGCUCUGCUACUUCAGAUAAUAAUUUGAUGAAGGAAGAAUUUUCUCGAGAGAUUUUAGAUGAACUUGAAAAAAGUGAAAAAUUUAUUGAUGAUAAGAUGGAAGAAGAAAAUCCAAAAUUUCCAUGUGUGUUAAAAGAAAAUGAUAGGAUUCAAGUACAGUCUUUAGAAACCCUAAAGUUGGAAAUUGAAGAAAAUGAACAAAUAGUGCAAAUUUUUGAAAACAAAAUGGAGCAAUUAGAAGAAAUUAAGAAAAAAACAAAAAAAUCUCGUAAAGCUAAAAGGAGAAAAAACAAGGCAAAAGAUCUUUCUUUGAACAUUGUAAACAUUUCUCCACCGAGUCAGGAUGAAGCAAGAAGUGAAUCUUACAUAGGAUGCCUUGGUCUAGAAGUUUCUUCUUUAAAAAGUAAAGAUUUUUCCUCUACUACCAAAGAUGAAAAGGACUCAUGCUCAAAAGAAAAAAAAAUAAAGAGGAAAAUACCAGGACAGUCAUCACUAGAGAAAAAAAUUCAAAAUGAGACCGAAAUGGAAGUGCCAGACCUUGUGUCCGAAAAACGAACCAGUGACUCUAUCAUAUCUGAGGAAUUUAAGGAAUUGAAUUCUGAAGAACAGCCUGAAAUAGAACAUGAGGAGAGGCCAUCAUUGAUAGCAGAGUCAGAGCAACCAGUUCAGGACCUGGCCACUGAAAAUUCUGACUUUCCAAAUGCUGAAGAAAGGGAAAAUGUCGCAGUGAAAGAAGAGGAAGAAGAUAUCAUGCCCCUAAUUGGACCAGAAACUUUGGUUUGUCAUGAAGUAGACCCCAAUGACUUGGAUGAGAAGGAUAAGAAUAGAGCUGAUGGGGCAGGCACAGAUAUACCUGACCCUGUCAGCCCUGUUCCCAAUCCUCCCGCCUUGCCCUCUGCUGCACCACCUGCAGCUUCCCCACUUGCUCUCAGCCAGGAGGAGUCUCGAAGUAUCAAGAGUGAGCGCGAUAUAACAAUCGAAGUUGAUAGGGUGACUAAAGAGUCUCAAGAAGGUCUCUGUGACAGCGAGUUGGCCAAUGGAUUUGAAGCCAGCACUUGUAGCGUGACUGUCAGAAAAAGAGAGACCAGAGACAAAGGCCAGAAAAGGAAAAGUGAUGGAAACGGUGGAUCGUUACCAAAAAAACAAAAACGUACAUCCAAGCGAACAAGUGCUACUGUCAAAAAUGAAAAGAAUGGAGCAGGACAAAGCAGUGAUAGUAAAGCUCUUCCUGUUCCAGCCAGUACCAGUAAAUGUACACCAGUGAAGCCCCCGAAGCUUGCUCCACCUCCAGCAAGAAUGAUGUCACCUCCCAUUAAAGAUGGAGACAAGGACGAACAUCGAGACAAGCAUCCAAAUUCAGCCCCUAGAACAUACAAGUGGAGUUUUCAACUUAAUGAACUAGACAAUAUGAACAGUGAGGAGAGGAUCUCUUUUCUACAAGAAACGUUGCAGGAAAUAAGAAAACGUUAUAUGUCAUUGAAGUCAGAAGUAGCAGCUAUAGACAGGAGAUUAAAAAAGAAAGCUAAAUUAGCAUCUCAUGCAAAGGUCUCAUGCAUGUCAUCUGCUUCAUCAGACACUGGAGCGAGUCCAUCAUCAUCAUCCUCUCCACAAAACAUGCUUGCUGUAGAAUGCAGGUGA